GUCGGCGGCGGGAGUGAAGUCUCGCGAGAAGAGGCGGUUGCCUUAGCGGAGCCCUCCGGCUGUGUGUGUCUCAGGAUCCGCCGCCGGAGCCGCGGACGGUUUGCCGAGCCCGUUAGUGCCCUUGCCGAGAGUCACGCCGGCGUCAUGUCCCGCUACCUGCGUCCCCCCAACACGUCCCUGUUCGUCAGAAAUGUGGCCGACGACACCAGGUCUGAAGAUUUACGGCGGGAAUUUGGUCGUUAUGGGCCUAUAGUUGAUGUGUAUGUUCCACUUGAUUUCUACACUCGUCGUCCCAGAGGAUUUGCUUAUGUUCAAUUUGAGGAUGUUCGUGAUGCUGAAGAUGCUUUACAUAACUUGGACAGAAAAUGGAUAUGUGGACGUCAAAUUGAAAUACAGUUUGCACAGGGAGAUAGGAAAACACCGAAUCAGAUGAAAGCCAAGGAAGGGAGAAAUGUGUACGGCUCUUCACGCUAUGAUGAUUAUGACAGAUACAGGCGUUCUCGAAGCCGAAGUUAUGAAAGAAGGAGAUCCAGAAGUCGGUCCUUUGAUUACAACUAUAGAAGAUCUUAUAGUCCUAGAAACAGUAGACCGACGGGAAGACCGCGACGUAGCAGAAGCCAUUCCGACAAUGAUAGCCAAGUAAGCAAGAAGAAAAAUGACAGAUAAUGCUUCAGUGAGAAAGGAAAGGUGCUACAUAGAGUAUGAGCUGUUAAGUUACAACCCAGGGGAAAAGACCUGGGAACUAUUGUACUAUUCUCUUGAAAAUUUGGCCCAGUAAGCUGCUACAUCCAGUUCAACUAACAAAAUCCUGUAUACCACAGAGAAGAAUAAAGAAAAUCAAACUGACAAACAUCCUUCUUUUAUUUAAGACCAAACUGCAGCUGGAAUACCCAGUACAGUUCUGCUUACUACACUUCAAGAAAGAUCUGAGAAAGCGGAAAAAGAACCAAAGAAGGGCAGUUCAAGCGACCAAAGGGUGGGUGGAAGGUGCUGCAGUAUGAAUACUGUGCGAAUAUUUUGACUCUGGUCUGAAAAGAUAAAAGAAUGUUAUCGAAACUACAUGGAAUAAUUGAAGUCCCUUCAAGUUUGAAAGUAAGCAUUUUAGGACAAGUAAAAGGAAAUUCAGCUUUGUACUUGUGGAAACUAAUCCCUAAAUCUGAAUAGGUUUAUACUGAUUCAUGGGUAUCAAGUCCAUUAUUCAUAAUUGGAAACUAGGAUGUCUGAAUACAAAGGAAGACAGCCAUAGUCUGUUACGGUGCCUCUAUUGGUCUGUCUCAAACUAAAUUGGGUGAGAAAAGGUAUGGUCCAAUAUAAAUUUUUUUCUUGAUAUUCCUUUAUACCAGUUGCAUUUUCUCCAUUGGCAAAUCUUGCCUUUGUUUAUUCCAGUGCCAGUGUUUUCUGUUUAAUGGUUUGCUUUGUUGGCAUCUGAGUUUACUUAUAUGCCACAAGCGGUUUACAUAUUUCUUAAACUAAACUUUCCCAAGUAAAUUCAACUUGACAUUCAGCUAAGAGGGUUUGUCGGUCCAUCUCUUCUCACCACUUUUACUAGUCAGUAUAUUCAGCUAACAUUUACUGAGCCCUGAACUGGGCAAAAUUGAACUGAGUAAUUGGGAAUAAAAAGAGAUAAAAUAAAAUUUUUCAGUGAAUGUCUACUGAGCACAGUCUAGUGAACCAUUACACUAUGGCCUCAUUGUUUUAUUUGAGGUGUAUUAUUUGUAACUAUUUUACACCAUUUAUAUCAUAAUGUAAAUUAUAAAACCCAGUAUACUAUCAAAGUAAUCUUGUGGUUAUCUACCAUUUAAAAAUAUCCAGUAUUUGUUUGCAUCCCAUUAAUACAGAUAAUGAAAAAAUGAUUUGUUUUAAUCUGUAAUAGAUUGGUUUAUUGUGCAGUGACUGUAAUAUACUAGAAUUAUAUUAAGUUGUUAACUCUGCCUCCUCAAACACAUUAGGAAUUAAUCCCCAAAAUUAAAAUUUAACUUUGCGUUAGAUAUAAAGGAGACUCUGGGUGCUAUAAUUAGAUUAUUUGAGGCAGACAGCUGUUAUCCCAACUGAUUUAGCGUGUUCUGUAAUUGAGAAAAUGUUCACCAAAUUAUACUUCUAGUGAUUUACAUGUACAUUUUAUAGGGGACAUGUUCUGUGUAUAGUGAAUAAAUACUUUUCAUAGUAUCACAAAAUGUUUUGAUUCCUUAGUUCCUUAUUAGGAUAUGAAGCUUGUUUCUUGAUUCCAUCAUUCACAUACUUGAUUUUUGUCAUUUCUGCCAAUACUUAAAACUUUUACCUGUAAAGUUCCGAAAAUUACAGUGUCAGCAGUAGAGCAUUUGCCCUGCAUGUGUGAGGCCUUGGGUUUGAUCCCUAGCACCACAAAAAUAAAUAAAUAAAUAAAUGGAA